AUGACGUCCGCGCCCGCGAGCAUGGCGGGAAAGCUGUGCGUCGUCACCGGCGCCAACUCUGGGAUCGGUCUGGCGCGUCCCCGCGACCCGGACCACCGGCGGCCGAACGGCACCCUCGACCCGCCGACGUCGUCCUCGACGCUCGUCGAAAUCGCGCGCGAGUUCGCGUCCAGGGGCGCGCGCGUCGUCAUGGCGUGCCGCGACCGCGCGCGCGCGGCGUCCGCGGCGAGCGACAUCGUCGCCUCCACGGGCAACGACGCCGUGGAGGUGCGCGAGCUCGACCUCGCCGCGCUCGCGUCCGUUCGAUCGUUCGCGUCCGGGUUCGAAGGCCCGCGCGAUGCCGUGGACGUCCUCGUGAACAACGCGGGGGCGAUGUACAAGACGCGAACGAGCACGGCGGACGGGCACGAGCGGACGUUCCAGGUGUGCUGCCUCGCGCCGCACCUGCUGUCGCGGUUGAUGUUGCCGUCGCUGAGGUGCGUUCUAUACACUGGCGACGCGCCGGGCGCCGCGCGGAUCGUAUACGUCGGCUCGAAGCUCGAGAAGACCGGCGACGUCGCGAAGCGGCUCGUGUGGGCGUGCGACGAGAACGGCGCGAUGACGAGGGACCCGAGGGAGAUAUUCCAGAGCCGGGGAGGCGAGCGCGGCGAGGCGGCGGCGGACGGCGCGGCGGACGAAGGAAGCGACCCGUUCGCGUUCGACACGUUCAAGACGUACGGCACCGCGAAGCAGGCGGCGACGGCGCUGACGCUGACGCUCGCGAGGAAGACGCGCGCCGCGCACGGGGACUCCAUCGUCGUGCACGCGUGCACGCCCGGGAUGGUCCGCACGAACCUCUCGCGGUUCAUGCACCCGCUCGCGUUUUACGCGUCUCAGCCGGUGCAGUGGGCGCUCAUCAAGUCGCCGCGACAGGGCGCGUCCGCGCCGGUGUACUGCGCGACGUCGACGGACGCGGUCGCGCGCGAGCACACCGCGGGGUAUUUCGGCACCGAGAGCAGCUUCGCGGACGGGCCGGUGUUAAAGUUGGAGCCGUCCGACGUCGCGAGAGAGGAGUCCGUGGGCGAGGAGUUGUGGCGCAUCAUGGACGCGUUGCACGGCGAGGUGGAGGGCGACGGUCUGAGAUGA